GCAUGCGCAGCGCUGAGAACGAGCCUGGGGAAGCCCCGCCCCGUGCCGCCAAACCCCGCCCCCGCGGUGAAAACUCCGCCUUCGUGGCGGGAAGCCACGCCCCGGAGAUGAUAAGCCCCGCCCCCCGCAUCUCCCGUUCGCGCCGGGCGAUCGGGGGGCGUGGCCUCCUCUUGCUCCCCGCCGGGCCGGGACCGGAGCGCUCCGAGCCGUCGAGCCCCGCCCGCCGGGUGUCCCCGGCCGCCCCCGCACCAUGCCCGACGCUCCCGGCGUCCCCGAGGACGUCUGCAGCUUCUUGGCAGAUGUUGAAACAUUUGUUUCCCAAACACUAAAAGGAGAAAAUCUAUCCAAGAAGGCAAAAGAAGGAAGGGAAGUUCUUCUUAAAAAGAUGAAGGAUAUUAAAGCAAGUUAUCCUCGGGAAUUCCCGGAGAAAGAGCUGGAAGAUGAGGAAGAGUCUGAGAACUCUCUUUCUUCACCUCCUGAUAGCGUCUCAAUAGCAUCUGACCGAUAUGAUAAAGAGGACGAAGCACCUUCUGAUGGGAAUCAGUUUCCCCCUGUUGCAGCUCAGGAUCUUCAGUUUGUUCUGAAGGCUGGAUACCUGGAAAAACGUAGAAAAGACCACAGUUUUCUUGGCUUUGAAUGGCAGAAGCGUUGGUGUGCUAUCAGCAAGACUGUCUUCUAUUACUAUGGAAGCGACAAAGACAAACAACAGAAAGGUGAAUUUGCCUUAGAGGGCUAUACCAUCAGAAUGAAUAAUAGCCUUCGGAAGGAUGCAAAGAAAGAUUGUUGUUUUGAAAUCUCCGCUCCAGAUAAGCGCAUUUAUCAGUUUACAGCUGCCACUCCCAAAGAAGCAGAGGAAUGGGUACAGCAAGUCAAAUUUGUAAUUCAAGACACAGAAUCUAAUACUAUUCCUGAGGAGGAAGAGGAAUAUGAUGAUGUUGAACAAGUGAACAGUGAACCGACAGAUGAUAGCAUUUAUGAAGAAGUUAAAGAAGAACGUCCUUCUUCAGGAGCUGAAAUGUCAAGCAAUGAGAGCCAGGACGAAGUUUUCACUGUUUCAGAUGGUGAGAAUAUCGAUUAUGCCAAUUACUACCAAGGUUUGUGGGACUGCACAGGAGAUGAAAGCGAUGAGUUGACAUUUAAACGUGGUGACGUUAUCUACAUUAUCAGCAAGGAGUACAAUAAAUUUGGCUGGUGGGUAGGAGAAAUGAAGGGAACCAUUGGCUUGGUGCCUAAAGACUACAUAAUGGAGAUGUAUGAUAUUUGAGAGGCCUGGGAGAAAUCUGCACUUGAAAUGAAGAGUGGUGUGCAGCUGCAGUUUACAGACCCAGCCUCUGGAAGAAGAUUCUGCUGUGCAUGUUUUGUGGUUUCGGUGAAUGUAGUCAGAUCAUUGCCUUGUGUAUAUUAAACAUUAUAAACUGUAAUUGAUCAUAACUUUACGGAAAUGUUCUUCUUAGCUACUUUUUAUAGAAUUGUAAUGUUAGGAAAUUAAUAGAUGGGAAUUAACAUAUGGGGCACAAACAGCCAUAUAGUGCCUGUUGCUCUUUUUUCUAACAUGCUAGCAGCACUCUGUCUAGCUGUAGGUUUGUGUUCUCUUUUCCUGUUCUGCAUAGUCAGAAAAAUUAAACAGAACUUUGAGGGUAAACUAUUUUUCAAUUCAUGCAUGCAUUAACCUUUUAAUACUCAUUGUACAUCUUGUGCAGUUUCCUCAGAAAGUUGAGGGAAAUUUAUGUAUAAUAUUUCAAGUCUUCAGGGUAUUCUGUUUCCAGAUGUUUUAAAGUUAUGCUUUAGCCAAUGAUUAAUUUUUCUCAUAUAUUUAGUAUUGUAUUGUUAAUUACUAUUUUGUUGACACACAAUGAAAACUUGAUUCUUUUGCUGGUGUAAUAAUAAGGGCCUGUAUGGUACCAUUCUGACAUGGACAAGGUAAUUCUAUGAAAAUUUGUUAAAAUAUAUUAACCCCAAAAAUUUUUGCUAUGUCAACACAAGCUGAAUUGCAGGUAAAAAUAUUUUUGUCUGUGGUAGUGUGAAAUACUUUAUCUGUACCAUACAGAUGCUCUUGCAGAGUCAAAUCUGGAUACCUUGCUAGUAUGUGGAAUUCUGAUACAGGUUUUGCAACAGAGAUCUUCAUCCUCACCCUGUGUGGAUUAGCAACAGCUACCCGCAUUCUUGUGUCAAAACCAGAACUUUGUGGCUAAUCAAAAACAUUGAUUGAAACAUGAAAAAGUACCCUAAAGUACUACCCCUUGGGGAUAAGCAGUUGGGAAAGUCAGAGUUAAUACCUACAUACUCUUCUUUUGGAGAUGUGCUUUACCAGUAGAAUGCAAGAUCAACUAUUUUGGGUCCUCCCGUAGAGUUGAUUUGUGAGACCCUUUAUCUGCCAAGGAGGCAGCCUGUAGUUGCUGAGCCUGUGCAGGUCCCCGUGGAGCUGCUUGUGCUGUUUAUGCUUCAGGCAGACCCUGGGAACACUGUGGGUUAAAAGGAAGCGUUAGUCUGAACUCGGAAUUUGGAUCCCUGCAGUAAACUAGGAUGUGCUCCGUGUUAGCUGAUGUGUGGUACUUGCUGGUACACUGAAUUCUAACGGGCAUCAAACGGGACGGAGUUCUGUUGUCAUUUUUUAAAGAGAUAGUAAUUGGAAUUGAUUCUGUGCGUUAUCAGCGAAGCAUUAAAAUGAUAGAUUAUAGUCUUCAGAUCUUUUACUACUUUAAUUUGUCAAGCGUGCUGGUGGAUUGUGUACAGAAUGUGAAGCGUUAAUAGCGGGGCUGGAAACGCUCCUUCUCCCUUGUUAACAUGGCAGCGCCAUAAAUCUGCCCACCGAAAUGGCUUUUUAUUAAUUACAGAAUUCCGAAUCCCACCACCACCACCGAUGCGGUUUUUGGGGAACAAGCCCUCCCCUCUCCUGCGGGCGGGCGGGUUCGCUCGCCGUGGGCCCGGCCCGGUUCGGGCGCGGCCCGUGCGCUGCGCGGCCGCGGCGCUGGGUGGCAGCAGCUUUUCAGCAGAUUUCCAGGUUUUCUGGGCCGGCGGAGGCGGAUCCCGAGGCGGAUCCCGGUGCCGUCGCUGUCCCCUUCCCCCUCCGUGCUGCCCCGCGCCGUUUCUGCCGUUUUUCCAGGAGAGGGAGUCCUUAGCCAAGCCAUGAGGGGCAGAGUGCCCGGCGCGGCCUCGCCUGGGUGGUGACAGCCGGAGACACCGAGUGGCUUUUGUCUGUAGUUCUCUUUUAGGGCUUCCCCCUGCUUGCUUCUUAUUGCUAGGGGGGAGUAAAUAAACCGCCUUGAAUCCAAAACGUGAAAGAUGUCCUGAGACUCAGUGGUAAUAUCUCAGAAUAAACCAGCGGUGGACCACGGAUGAAUGGUUUACUUCAAAUCUGUGCGAAUACCAUAACCUUUUUUGGAUAAGAAAAUCUCAGUUAAUACAACUUAAAGGAAAUGCGGGUAGAAGAUGCUAAUCGCUUAAUUUUCUUUGUUCACUUAGAUUGUGCUUGCCUUUCUGUGAACGGUGAGAGAGAAGAUUUUUAAAAGGUGAUUGUAACUCACAGUGUACAGUGUUUUACUUGAUUAUUUGCUGUGUUCUGGAUUUGUAUGGUACUGCCAUUAGAUCUUAUAAUAAUGUUCUACUCUGCAAAUUUUUAAGGUUCAAAUAAAGUUUAAUUGUUUGCAAACUGUUA